AUGCGUGUCGCCGGCGGCAUCGCCGUCGUCCUCAGCCUUGCGGGCGCGGUCUCCUCCACCACCCUUCACCCUCGCUCCGACGAGUCGCGCGACUUCUUCGCUCUCCAUCUCGAUGCCGCCACUCCUCCCUCCCACGUCGCACGUGUCCUGAACGUCCGCCACGAAGGUCGCAUCGGAGAGCUUCCAGAUCAUCAUACCUUCUCGUUACCUCGAGAGCAGAGCUCCGACUUCAAUGCGUUAUUGGACAACCUACAUGCCAAGCGAAAGCUUCGGCGACGGUCAGGAAAGGCCAUCGCAUCCGUUGACCAAGAUCCGUUCGAUGCGAUCUUGUGGUCGCAUAAGCUUGAAACUCCCAGGCAACGGCUGGAGAAGCGGAUGCCGCCUCCUACGAAGGAUGUCGCCCCGCGGUUUGCAGGGGAGGCGGAGCUGAAGCUUCUCGAGAAACAAAGCCAUAUCAUGUCAACCCUCGGUAUAAGCGACCCGAUCUUCAGAGAACAGUGGCAUCUAAUGAAUGUCCUGCAGCCGGGACAUGACUUGAAUGUGACGGGCGUCUGGCUGGAAGGUAUUACGGGCCACGGAGUUGCAACAGCGGUGGUGGAUGAUGGGUUGGACAUGGACAGCAACGACUUGAAGCCCAAUUACUUCGCCGAGGGCUCGUAUGAUUUCAAUGAACACUCGCCUGCGCCGAGACCCCUCCUGCGUGACGACAAGCACGGCACCCGCUGCUGCGGCGAAAUCGCAGCGGCGAAGAACGACGUCUGUGGAGUUGGUGUUGCCUAUGACAGCAAGAUCUCGGGAAUUAGGAUUCUGUCCAAACCUAUUGACGACCAUGACGAGGCGGAAGCUAUUAAUUAUGAAUAUCAAAAGAACGACAUCUAUUCCUGCUCGUGGGGCCCUCCGGACGACGGCGCCACCAUGGAUGCACCGGGAAUAUUGAUCAAGCGAGCGAUGGUCAACGGUGUCCAGCAAGGCCGCAGUGGAAAGGGAUCCAUCUUUGUGUUUGCGGCCGGCAACGGAGCUAUGUUUGGUGACAACUGCAAUUUUGACGGGUAUACCAACAGCAUUUAUAGUAUCACGGUCGGCGCCAUUGAUCGACAGGGCAAGCACCCCUCCUACUCGGAGUCAUGCUCAGCUCAGCUCGUGGUCGCUUACAGCAGUGGCUCCGGCGAUGCCAUUCACACGACCGACGUGGGUGUCGACAAGUGCUACAACUUGCACGGUGGUACCUCUGCGGCCGGUCCCCUCGGCGCAGGCUCAGUGGCUCUUGCCCUCAGCGCCCGACCCGAGUUGUCGUGGCGCGAUGUUCAAUACUUGAUGGUCGAGACUGCGGUCCCCAUUAGUGAGGCUGAUGGCAGUUGGCAAAAGCUUCCGUCAGGCAGAAAAUUCAGUCACGACUGGGGCUUCGGAAAGGUCGAUACUUAUGCCUUGGUCUCGAAAGCUCGCACAUGGGAGCUCGUGAAGCCACAGGCUUGGUUCAACUCGCCCUGGCUCCGAGUGCACAAGAAUAUCCCCCAAGGCUCACAGGGACUGCUGAGCAAGUACACGGUGACUGCCGACCAAAUCAAAGACGCCAAUUUCGAUCGGCUGGAGCAUGUGACGGUCACGAUGAAUGUCAACCACACUCGCCGGGGCGAUCUCAGUGUCGAGAUGCGCAGCCCCGCAGGUAUUGUCAGUCAUCUUAGCGUUGCGCGCAGGUUUGACUCGGAGAAGGCUGGCUACGCCGACUGGACCUUCAUGUCUGUUGCUCACUGGGGCGAAUCGCCUGUGGGUGACUGGUCCGUGAUUGUCAAGGACACCGAGGUCAAUGAAUUCGAUGGCUUUUUCAUCGACUGGAGACUUAACCUUUGGGGUGAAUCUCGGGAUGGAUCUAAGCAGCCCCUUUACCCGUUGCCUGACGAGCACGAUGAUGAUCACCCUUAUGAGGAUGCCCAUGUCGCGACGACGUCUGUGGAGGCAGCGCCAUCAAAGACCGCCCUUCCUGCCAAGCCAGAUGACCACCAUGACCGGCCCGUGAAUGCGAAGCCCUCGGACGCAAAACCGACCGAGUCGGCAGAUGAGAAAUUCCCUGCGGAAGAGCUAGAGUCAACCAAGACCGCUCCCAGCCCUACUCCUUCCCCCAGUUCCACCUCGGACUCCUCGAAGCAGCACUUGUCUUCAUACCUGCCUACUUUCGGUGCUUCGAAGCGAACCCAGGUCUGGAUCUACGCAUCCUUCGCCAUGAUCAUUGUUUUCUUCAUCGGCCUGGGCGUCUUCUUCCAGCUCCAGAGGCUCAAGCGUCGCCGCACGAACCCUCAGGAUGACUAUGAGUUCGAAAUGAUCGAGGACGAGGAUGAGAUGGACCCCAUGACUGGAGGUGGUCGCACCCAGCGUCGUGGCGGUGAACUCUACAAUGCAUUUGCCGGGGAAAGCGACGAAGAGGUGUUUAGUGAUGAUAACGACGAACCGUACCGGGAUCGGUUAGGCAACAUCCCCGAGAAGGAGGGCGAGGAGGACAGCGGCCUCCUUUCUGAAAAGCGGUAG